AUGCUAUGGAUGGACAUGUCGUUUACAAUUAGGUCCACAUUUGGUAGGAAUGAGACACAAGUGUUAAACGCAUUGACCGGUUGUGCAGAGUUUGGGACAUUGAUGGCAGUGAUGGGUCCGUCCGGUGCGGGACUCACAACACUCUUGAAGUGUUUCAAUGGACACAACAAUUGGGGGUUAAGUGCGGACUCGAGGGUCCGGUUGUCGAGUGUCACCACAAUUAGGACCACUUUUAUUGGACAAAACGAAAAGGAGUUUUUGAUUAUGGGUUUGACUGCAAAACAAAACAUGAUUUACGCCUCAAAGCUCAAGAACUCGAGGGAAGGCGUGGAAAUGGAUCACGAGAUGAAUCUCAAGAACUCGAGGGAAGGCGUGGAAAUGGAUCACGAGAUGAAUGUGCGGACAGUUAUGUCGGAUCUGAUGCUAACAGACAUAAUGGACACGAAGGCUGAGAGCUGUAGUGGCGGUGAACUGAAACGACUGGCCAUUGCUGUCGAGUUGACGGCUAUUCACAAACCAAACCUUAUUUUAUGUGACGAACCGACCACUGGUUUGGACAGUAAUAUAGCAGAAGUGGUCAUGAAUUGUCUAAAAAGUUUGGUCCAAAAGCACGGCAUAUGUCUCAUCACAUCCAUACAUCAGCCAAACUCAGAGAUCAUUGAAUUAUGCGAUAAAUUGUAUGUAUUGUCAAAAGGAGGGCACUGUAUGUAUUGGGGUUCACCUGAAUUCCUUCCCUACUAUUUGAGAAAACUUCAAAUCGAUUGCACCGAAGAUCAGGUGCCCAUCGAGUCGUUGAUAAAGAUCGGCUCCAAAGGCAUAACUGAUCCAAAAGUGAUUGAAUUGCGAAAUGAGGCCAAUGUUCAGGCAAAACACUCCCGGAGCUGUAUGGAAGUGGUUGACAACGACUUUUAUGUCGAACAGAACUUCUAUUUCAUGUACUUCACGUUCUGGACGUUCAGUUUACUGCAGGUUGUCGUCUCGAUUGUCGAGAAAGUCACCAGGCUCAGUAUAUUUACCAUUGAACACCAUAAUAAAAAUAUAGACCAAACUGAGGAAAGAGAUCAUGGAUUAGAUCCCAUAUACCGGUUGGGUAUCGCAUGGAUUGGACUGACAUUGAAGGCCAAGAAAACACUGUUUUCGUCGGAAAAAGUGAUUCUUUCGGCGAUUCAGGGAUUCAUUGAAUUCGGAUCUUUCAAUGCAUUGAUGGGUCCGUCCGGUGCGGGAAAGACAUCUCUUUUGCGAUCUCUCAAUGGAUUCAAUAGAAAUCUUAUGACCAAAGACUCGCAAAUCUGGUUGAGUCGAGACGUAAAGAUUAGGACCUGUUUUAUAGCUCAGGACCAGAGGGAACACCUAAUUAGUGGACUUACUGUCAAACAGUCCAUCACUUAUGCAUCAAAACUGAAGAACGGCUCCAACAGUGAUGUCGACCACGAGUUGAAUGUCAGGGAACUGAUGGAAGAGUUAGCCAUAAGUGAUAUCUCUGUAGUAAAUGUGGAAAAGUGUAGUUCCGGUCAACAGAAACGUAUAGUAAUGGCUCAGGAGAUGAGCCCAAGAGUCAAACCAAACCUCAUAUGUGUUGACGAACCGACUUCUGGAGUGGACUCCUAUUCCGCUCUUUUGAUGAUUCAGUGCUUCAAACGGUUGUCCCGAAGACACGGCCUAUCGAUCAUCGCAUCCAUACAUCAGCCAAACCUCGAAAUUGUAAUGAGUUUUGAUUUGUUGUAUAUAUUAGCCAAAGGGGGACAGACUGUCUACUCGGGUCGACCCCGGGAUCUGAAACAGCAUUUGACUGAUUGUCAUAUUAUUUGCACCGAAAAUCAAAUCCCAAUCGAAGUGAUCAUCAAAUUAUGUGCAAAUGGUUUGAGGGAUGAGGCGGUGAUUGAGUUGUCGGCGAAAACCAAUGAAGACAUGAAUAAUACAUACCAUAAGAGAGUGAAUAAUGAACUCAUACUUCAAUCAAAUGGUAUUCCAAUGGAAAGAAAAAGCUUUUCAUUCGCAGAGUUUUGGUAUCUAUUGCUUCGAGGGUUGGCCUAUACUUUGGGACACAACUGGAAAUUCAUAGCCGUUCACAUCAUUUGUUAUACCGGUUUGGGUUUGUUCAUGACAUUCCUGUUCAGCUACCAAUUGGACAGACCUUCCAGUUGUCAACCAUUGGUCUCAAACAAUUGCAAUCAAAGUGCCGGCGCUCUCGAGGAAUACAAAAUCUUAGGCAAAAAUCUGGUUUACAUCAAUAUAUAUGCAUUCAUAAUAAUGGUCCUUCAGAUUAUCUACACUUCACUUACCAUUUCCAAUGAGAUCCAAGUCUUUGACAAAGAACACCGCAAUUACUGGUACAGCACUGAAUCGUAUUUUCUGGUCACAACUAUCUUGGACUUCGUGCCAUCGAUGGUCUCUAUAGUUAUCUAUUGUCUAAUCAUUAAUGUCUACGAAAUGGAGGGCACAUACGCUGUCCUAUUAUACUGCCUGUCCAUCAGUGCCCUCUCCUACCAAAGUAUUGGCCAUAUAUUAGGCAUUUGUUUCGGUGAAAGGGCUGUCAUUAUAUCCGUACUCUUACUGCCGAUUUUCAUAUGUCUGAGCGGGUUCUUCAUACCCUCCACAGAGUUUGGACAUCCGGUGAUUGAGUUAUCGCAUGUAGUUCCCAUGAGAUACACCAUAGAAGUGAUACUCAUAUUCUUCUACGGCUUCGACCGGUGCCCUGAAGGACAGGUAUCUUCAAUAAUGCAUAAGUUUCUAUAUACUGACGAUAUGUAUGACAAGAGCCGCAAUAUACUUGUCUACCAAUUGAUCUGUUAUCGGAUCCUAUCGUAUGUGUGUCUUAAGCUUAAAGCCAAUUGGACUUCAAUACAGAUAAUGAUUGAUUGGUUCAGGUCUGUGGGCACCGGUAUAUCUGUCUAUGCAUUUAGAAAGGCUAGAGAGACGGGAGAUAUACAGCUCCGACCAAAAUACACCCAAUUUCAUAAUAAUUAG